UGAAGCUGAUUUGAUUGACCUCGCCGAACCAUUGGCCCACAGCUGGAUAUUUCAGUCAAGCAAGCUUUUCCUCUCUUUAGUCUGGCUGAAGGAAAGAGUGAAUGAAGCGGCUAUGAAAGCUGAGCUUCUGAACAUUCUCUUACAUCCCUGUAGUUUCUGGCUGGAUUGAUUGUCGCUUGUGCCUUUGCUCGGCCCGGUCCCAAACAACAGGUUUGUUUCUUUUCAUAACCACCCAUUAAGACUUUGGAAUGUGGGCUGCAGAAAGGGCAGGCCCCAAAGUGACUUUCCAGGAUCAGUGGUUGAAUAAGCCAAGAUCCUUGUGAUGUAUGGAACAGUAUGUUAAACCUACUCUGAAUAUCACAGCACAGAUCCACAGAUGCAGUGGCGAGUUAAAGGGUGGAUUUGCUCAAACUGCAAGCGAGGGAGCUGCUUUCCGUAACCACAACUCAUGGCCUGUUUCUAACUGGAUUUUGUUUUGUUAAAACACUUCGAUCCGAGUGUGUGCACAGUUUCUAUCUUUGACGAUGAUGAUAAAGGACACUUCACUGCGUCAGGAUCCAGACCUCAGGAAAGAAUUAGCUCUUCUGGCCCGGGGAUGUGACCUUGUUUUUCCAUCAAGAUUCAAGAAGAGGCUGAAAGCUUUUCAGCAAGUGCAGGUUCAAGCAAAGAAAGAAGAUCUCUUACCACCAGCACUGAGGGAAACUAUUCCAAGGUUUUAUUUCCCCCGAGGUUGUCCAAAACUAAACUAUAACAUAGACGCUGUCAUUGCCAGGAUAGAAAAUGCUUUCACCGAAUUUGAGAAUGAAAAGGCAACUCUGGAAGACAUGGGAAAAGUUGCGAAGGUGUGUGACUGUCCUUUUUAUUGGAAAGUCCCCUUGUUCUGUGCUGCUGGUGGAGAAAGAACAGGAUGUGUGUCUGUUCAUAAAUUCAUCGCAAUGUGGAGAAAAAUCUUGCAGAAUUGCCACGACGAUGCAUCUAAAUUCCUACGUCUUCUGGCGAAGCCUGGGUGCAGUUAUGUAGAGCAAGAGGAUUUCAUUCCAUUGAUACAGGAUGUGGUGAACACACACCCUGGGUUAACGUUUCUUCGUGAAGCAGCAGAAUUUCACACUAGAUAUGUCACCACAGUCAUCCAGAGGAUAUUUUACACAGUGAACAGAUCAUGGACAGGACGAAUAACUAGUACAGAAAUUAAGAGAAGCUGCCUUCUUCAGAACAUAGCUUUGCUGGAAGAGGAAGAAGACAUCAAUCAACUCACAGAAUUCUUCUCCUAUGAGCACUUUUAUGUGAUCUAUUGUAAAUUCUGGGAACUCGAUACCGACCAUGACCUCUACAUUGAUCAGAAAGACCUGGCAAGACACAAUGAUGACGCUAUAUCCAAUAGAAUGGUUGAGAGGAUCUUCUCUGGAGCAGUUACAAGGGACAAGAAACCUCACAAAGAGAGAAAAAUCGGUUAUGCCGACUUUGUGUGGUUCUUGAUUUCAGAAGAAGAUAAAACGACACAAACAAGUAUUGAAUACUGGUUCCGUUGCAUGGAUCUCGAUGGAGAUGGGGUGCUGUCCAUGUAUGAACUGAACUAUUUCUAUGAGGACCAGUGCAAAAAACUAGAGUGCAUGUCCAUUGAGCCAUUGCCUUUUGAGGACUGCCUUUGCCAAUUGCUUGAUCUUGUCAAGCCAGUAUGUGAAGGAAAAAUCACCCUGCACGACCUGAAGAAGUGUAAGAUGGCGAACGUAUUUUUCGAUACGCUUUUUAAUAUCGACAAAUAUCUGGAGCACGAGCAGAAGGAUCCGUUUUCUAUCCAACGGCAGGACGUAGAAAGUGAUGGCCCAGAGCUGUCUGACUGGGAGAGAUUCGCUGCAACUGAGUAUGAAAACCUGGUGGCUGAAGAAGCAGCCAACGAUCAGUGGAAUGACGGGGACUCUGAGCUGUCUGACUACUAAAGGAUCAAAUCUAGAUGAAGUCAUACUGAGAAUAUCCAGAUCAUUUGAAAAAUCAGCAACAGAGAAAAUCGAGCAGUUGACACGGCCAGUGGUGUGGAUGGAGUUGAUAUUGAUGGACAGGAGAAUGAUUUAUGUGACCGUUCCAUUCGCAGUUGCCAAAGUAUACGAGUGAGUCUGCAGCUGGCCUGCUUUCCAGAACUUUUAAUAUCAGCAACAACAAUAAAAAAAAAACAAGGAAUCUAGUCUGAGUGUGUGAGCUGGCCCCUUCGACCCCUGCCCCCAAUCUGUAAAAGAUUUAGGCAAUUGGAUCGCUUUCCGGGGGUAAUAAUCCCUCCAAAAAAAAAUCUGGUCACUCAAUCCAAAAUAGUGGCACCUUGUACCACUGGAAUCCUAACCCUAACGCAUAUUCAUGUUCGGAUCAAUUGUCACUACAUUCCACUAAUCCAAAAGCUGCCCACCCCCCCGUAUUGAUGUAUCAACACAGAUUGAGUUUCUAUCCAUGUUCCAUUGCCCAGUGAACCAACCCUCUGCACUGUCAUUUGCACCGAGAAGUGCCUUAACCGUUUUUAGCAAGAAACGGGUGUGAGAUUUUUAUGUACGAAAACCCUUUUGUGACAAAUGGGAAUUUUUUUUGCUGUAGCGAGCGUGAUUAAGUUAUUAGGAGAAAGCAGACAAAAAAAAAGCUGUAUAUAAUACAUUUGUGUAUAAUUCAUUCGUAGAGACUUGCCGUGUAUAUUUGUGUUGUGCUUUUCGAUGUUCGAAAUCAUGUUCUUAACGCAUUUUCAAAAUAAAGUAUUUAAACAAAAA